CACCUAUCCCAACUCCAUAUCACACUGUCAGGCGAUACGCCUCCUUUCUCGUGAAGAUGGCUUCUACAUCAACAGAUGAUAAGCCGCCUUUUCAGGUUGACUCGACUGAGAUCGACGAGGAGGCCGAAGCCCUGGAAGGAUAUGUGACGGAUCCAAGUCGAUACCCAGAUAAUGCGUCCGGGUUGAAGACGAGCGCGGAUGGUCGACACGUUCUCAUCCCCCAGCCGCUGGACACGCCCGACGAUCCUUUGAACUGGUCGUCACGCAAGAAAUGGAUGAUCAUUGGAAUCAUGGCCUAUAUCGCCUUUCUGGCGGACUAUACAGGAGGAACGGCGAUUAUCACCGUGAUUCCUCAGUCUAUGCAGUGGGAACUUCCCCAAGAGCAUGUUCAACGGGCUGUCGUCGGAAACCUCUUCACCAUCGGGUCCUGCGGGUUGAUCGUGGUAAUGCUGGUCGGCUACUUCGGUCGGAUGCCGAUUCUUCUCAUUUUUCAGGCUGUCAUGGUAGGCACAUGCGCUUGGUCCGCAGCAGCUACAAGCUUUGAUUCAUAUCUUGCUGCUCGAAUUAUCAACGGGCUCUUCUGCAGUGUUGGGCAAGGUGCUGCUCUUCUGUGGGUCAAGGAUAUGUUCUUCUUCCAUGAGCAUCUCAAGGUGAUCAACUGCAUCGAAUUCUUCAUCAUUCUGAGCCCGUACUUGGGCCCAUUGCUCACUUCAUUCAUCGUCGCCGACGUCUCAUGGAGAUGGGCGUUCUGGCUGUGUACAAUCAUGUCUGGAGUCGCCUUUCUUCUCGUCUUUAUCCUUGACGAGACACUCUUCGAGCGCAAAGGAAAACAGGUCCCUCGAGGUUCCUAUCUCGCCCGUCUCACAGGAGCCCACCAAGUACAGCUCUGGCACCAGCGAAGCUUCCUACAAUGCGUCAUGCGACCUGUCGUGGCGAUCACCAAAAUCCCCGUCCUGAUCGUCCUCAUCUUCUACUUUCUCAGCUUCGCAUGGGUCAUCGGAGUCAACACCACCAUCGGUAUCUGGCUAACCAAUGACUACGGCUUCUCAACCCGCGGAAUCGGAUACUUCUACUUCUUCGGCAUCGUCGGAGUCAUAAUCGGCUGGUUCAUCGGCCACUACCUCCACGACGCCGUCGGGACAUUCUACACGAAACGCCACGCGGGCCGUCUCCACCCAGAAGCGCGCCUCAUCAUCGUCUACCCAUCCGCCAUCCUCUCCUGCAUCAGCCUCAUCAUCCUCGGCUUCGCAUUCGACCGCCACUGGCACUACAUGGUGAUCGCAGUCUUCGCGGCCCUGCAAUGCGGCAGUCUCAUGAUCAUCACGACUGCCGUGAACGCCUACCUCCUGGACUGCUACCCCGAGGGGUCGGGCGAGGUCGGGGCCUGGGUUACUGCGAGUCGUAACUGGGGCGGGUUCAUGGCUACGUAUAUCCAGAUCGAGUGGGUGGAGGGGAUUGGGGCCGCCAAGGCAUUGGGGAUCCAGGCGGCGAUUACGUUUGGGUCUUUGGCUUUUAUUUUGAUGUUGCAGGUUUUUGGACAGAGGUUGAGGAGGUGGCAGGGGAGGAUGUAUUUCGGGAGGGGUGGAAAGGCGUGA